AAGAGAUUAGCGCGCACUGUAGUCGUCUCCAAUUUCAACCAGUCAGCUUCGUUGGGAUAAAGAAUGUUUGAUUUUACUAACAAAGGAUAUAUAAUAAAGAACCUGCAAGAUGUGUUUUCUAAGUAUUAUGCAUAAUGUAUCUACACGCGCGACCUCACAAGCAUUAUCUUGAUCGAGCAAACUCUUCCACAAAAGUCAAAAUGUUCAGAAGGUUUCGUCGCGAAGAAUAUUUAUCACCGGAUGCACAUCUCAGGGAACUCAUCGAAAAUCUAAAAGAUGACAUCCCCGAUUUCCUCGAAAGCCGAGCGUUCACCCAGUAUGAAAUCAGUUUAAUAUACGAUAUGCAUUCAGUAAUUCACAAUCAAGAAAGGAGGUGGGUGGAAAGUGGCGGUGGUGUUUACAAUGGUGGUGGCUUAAACGGUGGUAGAUUCGCACAAUCAGUUACCCCUUCCCGUGGAGGCACCAUAAGCAAACUUAAGUGGAUUAUGAUCUUUCUCCUGUUGCUGGGUAUUUGGUUGAUAGUGGUGAUAUGUGGUAUGAUAUUUAUAGUAAUGAACGGCUUGGCUAAAUUUGACGCUGUGCCUGGCGCGGUUAAAUGGUAUUCUGCCUGCAUGGGGACAGAUUGUCACGGACGCACCACCUGGUGGCCCUUCCCGCUGUACGAGACAUGGGGCGAAACUCCUCCUCGCAGUGCGUAGUUCAGUGAGAAUAAUGCUACCUAGCAACAACGAUGUUCCCACCAAUGAUUUAGCUGCGCUUGGAAUUGUUAGUGGAAAUGGGAUCGUUAGACUUCUCUGUCAUAAGGAUAGAUAUAGAUAGAACGAUUAUCAGAUUUUCUUCUUCUUGGGGUUUUGAUUGUUUAGAGCGUUCUUUGUGUUAAUACUCUCGGGCUCUUCUCGACUGGUUUCGCUUGCGGUUCUAGAAUUGGUAACUUCGCCGUCUCUUUUAAAUUCGACGAAUUCGACGGAUUCGAUGAUUUUCAUGGUGAAAUUUUCGAUGGAGAACGAUUGAUUUUGGUAGUCAGAAACCCUUAAGGUCUUUUUGUACG